AGGAAUUGCCAUGCUAGCCUUCCAAGCACCGCGGCUCCAUACCCAUUCGUUCUUCAGACCCAAAACCCACCGCCCCCUUAUCAUUGCUAAUAUCCUUGUCACCCAUUACGAAAUCAAUCGGCUCAUGCCAAAGAGAUCCUCAUCCAGAACUCUACUGCUAGGAAUACCCAGAGCCGCGCCGGCACCGCAUCCGCCGCCGGAAGAUGCAGGCAUCGACGAGAAUACGCACGAAGAAGGCAAGGUCGGCCGCUCAGAGCCGCCGAUCGAGCUCUCAAUCCAGAGCGAGUCCAAGCCUCUCGCUGAGGAUCUGCCCAAGAAGACCGGCACGAUGAAGUUGGCUGCGGUGUUCGGUUUCUGGUAUCUCCAAAAUGUGAUAUUUAACAUAUACAACAAGAAAACCCUUAAUUUGUUCCCCUACCCGUGGCUUCUGGCCUCGUUCCAGCUGUUGGUGGGAUCGCUCUGGAUGGCAGGACUUUGGGCGUCGCGGAUCCAGCCCUACCCUCAAGUGAACCGCAAAUUCUUUGUCGCCCUGCUCGGCCCUGCGCUCUUCCACACCAUCGGACACAUUUCCGCCUGCGUCUCCUUCUCCAAGGUCGCCGUUUCCUUCACCCACGUCAUCAAGGCCUCGGAGCCCGUCUUCUCGGUCAUCUUCUCCGCCCUCUUCGGCCAGUUCUACCCCAUCCAAGUCUGGCUCUCCGUCGCCCCCAUCGUAAUUGGCUGCGCGCUCGCCGCCGUCACCGAGGUUUCCUUCAACGCCGAGGGUCUUUGGGGUGCUCUUAUCAGCAAUGUUGGUUUCGUGUUGCGCAACAUCUAUUCGAAGAAAAGCCUACAAGACUUUAAACAUGUGGACGGGCUCAAUCUCUACGGUUGGAUCUCCAUAUUGUCACUCCUUUAUCUUUUUCCCGUGGCUGUGCUCGUGGAAGGACGUCACUGGGUUCAGGGCUACCGAACGGCAACGGCCGCCAUUGCCUCUCCAUCAACGUUCUACGCUUGGGUUAUACUUUCCGGCGUCUUCUACCAUCUCUACAACCAGUCGUCGUAUCAAGCAUUGGACGCAAUUAGCCCUCUCUCAUUUUCGGUGGGCAACACGAUGAAGAGGAUUGUGGUGAUUGUUGCUUCAGUGAUUGCAUUCAGGAAUCCAAUAAGGCCGCUAAAUGCUCUGGGAUCGGCUAUUGCCAUCUUGGGAACGUUCUUGUAUUCUCAGGCGACUGCCACCAGCAACAGCAAUAAGAACAACGAGCCUGCCAAGAAGACAAGCUGACUGGAAUGAGGUAUCUAACAAGUUGCAUUCAGUUUGAGCAUAGAGAGGACUCCUUUCUCUUUCAGAACAGUCCAUUCUCAUGACUGGCUCAACAAUUGGGAAGAAGUUUAUCAUUGGAGCACGAUAUACCUCCUCUGGCCACUUCAUCCAAGGAGUGGCCCUCCUCACCAGGGGCAACAUCAAAAGUUUCUCUCAGUUGGACAAAUCUUUAUUCAUCUUGACCAAAAUCAAAUCUCCCACGUGAGACCUACAAAAAAUCCAGCUAAAUACAUGCAUCUCUCUCAUGAUUGGAUCAUCACCGAUAGCUGCAAAUGAACCGAGUAUUCGA